GCAUAAGGUCCGUGUAGAUACGGCCGCCCGGCCCAGUCCUUUAGACUCUGGCCGCGGAGACUGCGCGUUCUGCCUCCACCUUUAUAAAGAGCCCAGCGCAGGGCGGCGGGGAGGCCCGGACGCCGGGAGGCGGGUACCGGGCUCCACUGCGUCGGGGGGCGCCACCUGUGGUGGCCGGCGCGCGCACUGCGGGAACAUGGGCCGCUACUCGGGCAAGACGUGUCGCUUAAUCUUCAUGCUGGUGCUCACGGUCGUCUUCUUCGUGGCCGAGCUGGUGUCAGGCUACCUGGGCAACUCGAUCGCGCUGCUCUCCGACUCGUUCAACAUGCUGUCGGACCUGAUCUCACUGUGCGUGGGGCUGAGCACCGGCUACAUCGCGCGCCGCGCCCCGGGGGGCUCCCGGGCCACCUACGGCUACGGGCGCGCCGAGGUGGUGGGCGCGCUCAGCAACGCCGUCUUCCUCACUGCGCUCUGCUUCACCAUCUUCGUGGAGGCCGUGCUGCGCCUGGCGCAGCCCGAGCGCAUCGACGACCCCGAGCUGGUGCUCAUCGUCGGCGCCCUGGGGCUGGCGGUCAACGUGGUGGGGCUGCUCGUCUUCCAGGACUGCGCCUCCUGGCUCGCCUGCUUUCGCUGCCGCCGCCGCCGCCGCCGCGCGCCGCAGGUGGCAGAGGGCGGCGCUGACGGCGCUUUCGCGGGGCCGCAGGGCGGUGCCCACCCAGACUCUGCCGUGACCCUUCGCGUGGCCUCGCUGGGAAAGACCGCAGGGAAGGGGGCGAUCGUGCUCGCCAACGUAGCAGGUGAUCCCCUGAACGCCCAGAAUGAGCCAGAGGAGACGGUAAAAAAGGAGAAGAAGUCAGAAGCCCUGAACAUCAGAGGUGUGCUGCUGCACGUGAUGGGAGACGCGCUGGGGUCGGUGGUGGUGGUCAUCACGGCCAUCAUAUUCUACGUGCGGCCCCUGAGAGAGGAGGACCCGUGUAACUGGCAGUGCUACAUCGACCCCAGCCUGACCGUCGCCAUGGUCAUGAUCAUUCUGUCAUCGGCCUUCCCACUCAUCAAGGAGACCGCUGUCAUUCUGCUGCAGAUGGUCCCCAAAGGGGUCAACAUGGAAGAGCUGAUGAGGAAGCUCUCUGCCGUGCCUGGCAUCCGCAGCAUUCACGAAGUGCACGUCUGGGAGCUCGUCAGCGGGAAGGUCAUUGCCACCCUGCACAUCAAGUGUCAGAAGGAUGGGGUAUACCAGGACGUCAGCACAAAAAUCCGAGAGAUCUUCCACUACGCGGGCAUCCACAGCGUGACCAUCCAGUUGGAGAGCUGGGACCCGCAGGAGCCCGCGGAGCAGAAGGACGCGCUGUCGCUGUGCAGCGCACCCUGCAUCUCCAAGGGCUGCGCCAGGCUUCUGUGCUGCCCGCCGCCGGCGCUGCCGCUGGCGCACGUCAAUGGCUUCGCGGAGCUCAACGGCUGCGCCCCACCAGCCGUGUCCCGGGGGGAAGGCCUCGGUAGAGGAGAAGUUACGGACGCGGUUAUUGAGGUGUCGUCGGGUGGCUGUGUGAGUGGUCACGGACAACAAGCUUUUACCAAAACGCAGGGGGACGCGUGUUAUGCCAACAGCACGCAUUUCUAACCUGGGACCUCCCCCCGCACGCAGCCUGGACAGAUGAGG